AUGUCCGCCACAAAAUCGUACAUCCGAGGUAUUGGGCUGAUGAUAUUCAUCGUCGUACUGCUAAUCGUUGGCGGUCAAAGCAAAGAUCACAGAUGUCGUAGACCGGUCACUGAAAAUUGCAAUGCUUCAGAGGAGUAUAUCGAUGGUUGGAAAUUUACCGGCUGGUACUACCAUACGGAGAUGAGAGCGUGCCGACCUUUGUUCACGCCGAAUGGAUGGCACACUUGCACCGAAAAUUUUGAACUACCUGAGGCCAGAGAAAUGUGUGAAGAUUUAUGCGCUGAAAAAUGCGUCAUGUCAAAUGGGGCACAGGGUGUUUGCAUGUACAAAGAAAUAUGCAAGAUGUAUAAUGUUGAGCCAUACGCACACAAACCAUGCGCCAGUGAAAGCUUAACUUGCUGUGCCAGAUUACCUGACAAAGGGCUGUUACCAUACAUUGGGCCUAUGAAUGAAAAAGCCGGUGUUGUACAAGUUGGAUUCCGCAAAAAACUCAGUGAACCAGGAUAUCCACGCAAUAAAAAUGGCUUCGUCUACUUUUUACCGUAUCAUAUAACUAACGAGGGCAAACGCUACUAA